AAUAUGAUAAAUAAUGCGCUAUAUGCGUAGAGCGACUCACUGACAGGGUCGACCACGCAUGCUGACUAGAACGGAGUCUGAUCGUCGAUAAUGGUUAUUAUUAGUGUAGAUGCCUAAAUUAAUUUAUGGUUUGAAGAUUCGUGUUACAUAGCUUUACAACCGGUCCGGAAUGUUGACCAUACUGGUCAGUGGUGAUCAUUUCUGGCAGUAAUAUAGCUGAUUGCGUAGAGGAGGCGGGGCCUCGCGGCCGGUUCGCUUGAGAGUGGAUAUUGGAACGUUUUCUAACGGCCAGGAACCCGAACGAUUACUUAUCCAAGUAUUCUGGAAGUAUGGGGAAAGUGGACAAGAAAUCUCAGCGGACCGCUCCAGCUUGUGGCGGCUCAGGGAUUCACUAUGGUAUCCACGUUGCAGUCAUAGCGGUUGGAUUAUUGAUGUCCAUUCUUGCAUACAAUAUUGAAUGGCAUGGCUGGAUAGAAAAAGUUGAGAAACGUGACGUUGCACAGAAUUCUCCUGCAGGGUCAAAUGCAAAUGCUAGAGCGAUGCGGCAGACCAAGCCGCCAGGCGACAUAGACACAGUAGAUGUGAGUAGUGGCGAAUCCGCUGGAGUUCCACUAGGUCACAUGCAGCCUCUAGGCUCUCACCGAGAACCCAGUGUAGAUAUCCCUGUCAUCGACUACGUUCCCAAUUCGGUGGAUUUCUACGAGCGAUUCGUACGCCGCCGGCAGCCAGUGCUCAUGAAAGGUGCUGCGAAACCUAUGCCGGCAUACACACGCUGGCCACGCGAUCCGCACUAUCUCAGAGAUAAGUUUGGAGACUCGCUGUUCAAAGUUGAGAUGAGGAAGUCUUUCGACAACUCGCCGUAUGAACGGGUGGUCAUGAACCUGUCGGAAUUUCUCGACCGCUACGAGAAGGAAGACAUUUACAUGGACACUCCGGCUAUUCACAGCGCCAUUUUGGAUGACGUCACGAUACCGAUGUGCAUGGCUUGCCCAGAGCUGAAGAAUUCGAUUGUCAGCUCACAUCUGCUGUUCAGUAGCGGCGGUACCAGUUCAAGCUACCAUUUUGAUGGCAGUGACAACUUGCUAAGUCUUCUCUCUGGCCGCAAGCGUGUGAUCUUUGUGGAUGUUGCAUAUCACAAUCAUUCUUAUGUCAAUGAUUAUGUGCUCCAUCAACCAAUCUCACCAAUCAAUCCCGAUGCAGUGGACCUGCUGAAAUUCCCUCGCUUCAAAGAUGUGCCGUAUGGAGUGAUAGAGAUGGAAGCAGGUGACAUCCUGUAUAAUCCGAGCCUGAUUUCUCAUCACGUUCGCUCUUACGACUCUCCCAAUAUCGCUGUGAACAUCUGGUUUGAAAUAUUCUCCUACGACAAGGACGUCACUACUCGACUAGGACUGGACCCCUCGACGGACCUUGUUGCUUUCAACGCUGCGCUGCACAAGACCACGAAAGAAAUGUCACCAAGGACUAUCGAAUGUGAUGUGGAGUCUUCACGUCUUUUCUCUUUCCUGAAGAAUUCCUCCCUAGCCAGUGAUGUGUUUACUCCAGAUGAGAAAAUCAAUGGGUCAGCUUUGGAGCCCUUCAGGCUUCCAACAGGAUACUUGAUGCCACGUAUGGGAUUUGGCAGCCCGGCUUAUAUCUAUGGAGAGAAAGCAACUGCAGCAUACCUAGCUGCAUUCAAAGCUGGCUAUAGGAUGGUGGACUGUGCACAGCUAUACGACGAAAAAGCACUUGGAGCAGCUUUGCGGCAGGUAAAUAUUCCUCGCUCCGAGAUCUUCAUCAUUUCCAAAAUACAUCCGAAGAAUUUUGGCACCGAGAACACGCUGAGAUCGAUAGAUGAAUCUCUCGACAAGCUCGGUCUGGAGUACAUUGAUGUGAUGCUGCUUCACGCAAGGGAUUGUAGGGGUUUGCCAAACUGCCAUGAAGAAGGCGGUACUUGGCAAAGUGCCUGGCACGGCAUGGUACGUGCUGUGGAACUUGGCAAAGUUCGCAGCUUGGGUGUGAGUAAUUUCGAUGAAGUUGCUGAAAUUCAGGAAGUCCUGCAGCUUGCUAGAGGCAGACUGUCUGUUAUUCAGAACUACAUGGACCCAUUUAACGUUCCGAUUGAAGUACUCAACUUCUGUUCUCACCACAAUAUAACAUUCAUGUCGUACGGCAUUCUUGGUCGAAGCUACGUUCAAGAUGAUGGCAUGCCAGUCAAUCCUGUUCUUACUGCUAAUCCCGUGGAAAUCGCCAGUGAAGAUCGUCAGUGUAUGCCGGCACAAGUAGUACUCCGCUGGGCAAUGCAGCUUGACGUGGCAGUCAUCCCCAGCACAGUGAACACAGUGCAUCUGGCAGUUAACCUGCACUCGUUCGAUAUACACCUGAAGCCUGAUGAGAUGGAUGCCAUUACUGGCCUUCGGACUAAACCCCCAAACCCCCAGCAAAAAGCACACACUGGCAGUGUUAGCUCGCAGUCUGGGGAGCAAGCUGAUAGUAGUGAGGUAGUGCCUGCUGAAUAUCAAGGUCAUGUAGCAUUGUUCAGUGCAGAGGCUAACAUUCAUGAACUGAAUGUGUUCGCUGGAGGUGAUGACGGAUACUUCAUCGCAUUCAAUGGUCAAAGUGGUGAGAUACUGUGGCAGUACAUGACCUUCAAUGAGUUUGGCUCAACUUGUGUUUUCAGCCCUGACCAUUCUCACUUGUACUUCUCAUCAGAAAACAAUCGUGUCUACUCAGUGCAAGUCUCGACUGGUGAAAUGGUGUGGAGUGUGCACACUUCUCAUGCCUUCAUCGCUACACCGCGCCUCUCCACUGACAAGUCUGCUCUGUUGACUGGUAAUCUCGGUGGGCAAUUCGUCUCCAUCGACAGGACUAGCGGUGAAAUCAACUGGAACAAGAAGUUGGGAAAUGGAGAAAUUUGGUCAACUGCCAACGUGGCUGUUGUGGAUGGCAGUGAAAUGCUGUUCGUUGGAAUGCUCAACAGUGGUCUAUAUGCGCUAUUCGUUGAGAAUGGAAGCCAAGUUUGGCGCAUGGAUGUGAAUGCUGGGGUGUGGAGCUCACCUGCCAUCACUGCUGAUGGUAAACAAGUGAUUUUCUCAGGUCAAGAUGGCAGGGUGUAUUGUGUUCACAGUAGAAGUGGGUCCAUCAUUUGGACAUGGUACACACGUGGCCGCCUUGUUUCCUCUCCACUCCUCAAAGGAAACAUGGUGUUUGGAGCAUCUGAUGCUGGUGCUAUGUUCGCACUCAAUGCUCGGACGGGCGAGAAAAUCUGGAAGAUCCGUAUCAGCUCAAACACGGUGUCAUCACCCAAGCUAAGUCCCGAUGGGAUCUUGGUGAUAGGUGGGACUGACCGCACGAUACGUGGUUAUGACUCAUCCACGGGUAAGCGUGUGUGGACUGUUAAGACAGGUAAUGAGGUAUGGGCCAGUGCAUCUAUCACAUCAACUGGAGUAGUGUUCAUUGGUUCCACUGAUGAGUACAUGUAUGCACUCAAUGCAAGUGAUGGUGCUGUGCUAUGGAAGACUAAAGUGUCACCAUUUGCUGCCUCCCCAUGCGUAAGUCCAGCGUAUAGCUAUUCACCCUGACAGUGAGCUUUCUUCCUUUGUUAGAGUACACCACGUGUGACGUAAAAAAGAGCCCGGACUGCUUUUCUGGCACAGUCACUUGCUAGACGCUGAGCAUGCCCUAGAAUGUGCAUCUUGAGCUGAUAGUUAUGUUAUUGGGUUGAGUUUGCUUGUACUUAUUGAUACUUCUUUGAGUCAAGAGAAAUCUAUCAAAUACCAUUGCCUCAUGUUGACCGUCAAGGAGAAUCCUAUUGCUUGGACGUUGAGCUGCUGCUGGCCUUGAACCAUAACUUACUAGUAGUACAAGCAGAUCGCAUGCUCAAUACCAUUGUGAUGUUUUCGUACACACUUGCUGGAUGGACCAAGUGCUUUCAAGAGACUCUUUGUUGCUUUGCAUACAGGUUUGUACACACUUCAUUGUAGGUCAUAUUAUGGUAGUUA